UGGAUCACCUCGUAUGUGACUCACCCAUUCUCCGGCACCGGGCCCCUCCCACUGCAGGAGCUACUCCCACGCAGGGCUUGUCUGUUGGGCUGCAGGGCUCCUGUAUGUGGGGCUGGCUGCUGCCACCGGGGCCAGGCCCAGCCUGGAUGCCUCAGCUUGAGAAUCCGCCAUUUGGGGCUACGUUGGCUACUCAGAGCUGCAGGAGUCCAGACUGCUGAUUUGUCGCAAGAUACCAUGAAGGAAAGCCACUGACACCUGUUUCUUUAGCUGCCAGAGAGUGGGACGUGUGUGCCAGUGACUUUUUGUCGGCUAGCCACAAAGCAAGAGAUACAGCAGUGUGGAAGACGAUGACUCACAUGCUUUUGCUGUACUGCUUCAUGUUUCUUUUGCCCACAGAGUCCUGCAGGACGUUAUGCCAGGUUGCCAACAAAAGCAAAGAGAAGAUGUCUGCCAGGCCACAUGGUGUAUGUGAUGGUGUCUGUGUGGACAAUUCCCACUGCAGCCAACCUUGCCCUCCAGACAGUGAGGGAAAUACGGGGUUUUUAUGCAGGCAAAAGAAAUGGCACAAGAUCACUGAAACCUGCCGGACUCUUAAUGCCUUCAACAUCUUUGAGACAAAUUCAUAUUCAGUUCGACCAUUUGGAGGGAAUACUGUAAUAAAAGAAUAUGCCAGAAAGUCUGAGACCAUCACAGACAUGCUGAUGCAAAAGUGUCCGGAGGAUUUGUCCUGUGUACUCAGGAACAUUCGGCAGUCUCCUCGGCUCCCAGGAAACAUCGCUGUCAUUGUGCAGCUCCUACACAACAUAUCCACGGUGCUAUCGACAGGUGUCAACGAAGUGAAGAUGCAGAGUUACAGUAUCAUGGCCAACCACAUUCUCAACAGCAAAAGCAUCUCAAACUGGACCUUCAUCCCUGAAAGAAACAGCAGCUGUGUCCUGCUACACUCGGUCAAUUCCUUUGCAAGAAAACUAUCUAUAAAUAAGUAUCCCAUUGACAUAUCAGAUGUCUUCAUUCAUACUAUGGGCACCACCAUAUCCCAAGACAAUGCUGGGAAGAAUUUCACUUUUUCAAUGAGAAUUAACGACACGGGCAGUGAGAUCACUGGGCGGGUGCUGAUUGGUAGAGAUGAACUUCAGAAGGUGCCUGCUCCUUCCCGGGCCAUCAGCAUUGCAUUUCCGACUCUUGGGGCCAUCUUAGAAGCCAGUCUUUUGGAGAAUGUUACUGUCAAUGGGCUCGUCUUGUCUGUCAUUUUGCCCAAGGAACUUAAAAGAAUCUCAUUGAUUUUUGAAAAGAUCAGCAAGUCGGAGGAGAGGAGGACACAGUGUGUUGGCUGGCACUCCCUGGAGAGCAGAUGGGACCAGCAGGCCUGUCAAAUAAUUCAAGAAAACUCCCAGCAAGCUGUUUGCAAAUGCAGGCCAAGCAGGUUAUUUACCUCCUUCUCUAUUCUCAUGGCACCCCACAUCUUGGAGAGCCCGAUCCUGACUCAUAUCACGUACCUAGGGCUGGGCAUUUCGAUCUGCAGCUUGGUCCUUUGCUUGAUCAUUGAGGUCUUGGUCUGGGGCCAAGUGACAAAGACAGAGAUCUCAUACUUACGCCAUGUGUGCAUCGCCAAUAUCGCUGCCACCUUGCUGAUGGCUGACGUGUGGUUCAUUGUGGCUUCCUUUCUUAGUGGUCCCAUGACACACCACAAUGGAUGUGUGGCAGCAACGUUUUUUGUUCAUUUCUUUUACCUUUCUGUGUUUUUCUGGAUGCUGGCCAAGGCACUCCUUAUCCUCUAUGGAAUCCUGAUUGUUUUCCAUACACUGCCCAAAUCGGUUUUGGUGGCUGCUCUCUUUUCAGUCGGCUACGGGUGCCCUUUGCUCAUUGCUGCUGUCACGGUUGCUGCCACUGAGCCCAGCAAAGGCUACCUACGGCCUGAGGCCUGCUGGCUCAACUGGGACAUGACCAAGGCCCUCCUGGCCUUUGUGGUCCCAGCCCUGGCCAUUGUGGUCGUAAACCUGAUCACAGUCACCCUGGUGAUUGUCAAGACCCAGCGAGCCGCUGUUGGCAGUUCCAUGUUCCAGGAAGUGAGAGCCAUUGUGAGAAUCAGUAAGAAUAUCGCUAUCCUCACACCACUGCUGGGCCUGACGUGGGGAUUCGGGAUAGCCACGGUCAUCGAUGAUGGCAACCUGGCCUUCCACAUCAUCUUCUCCUUGCUCAAUGCGUUCCAGGGCUUCUUCAUCUUGGUGUUUGGAACAAUCCUGGACCCAAAGAUAAGAGAAGCUUUAAAGAGUCGAGUAACUUCUGCAAAAUGGAGCUCCAGACUAUCUGAGAACCCUUCUACUGAUUUCUCCCGUCACCCCACCAAAGCGCCAAGCUAACAAACCUGGCCAUACCCCUAACUUGGGAGGAAUGGCAGAGCCCCAGGAAAAAUGUGCUUCUUCCUGUCUUCUUGCCUCUGGGGAGUAUGAAGGAAGCCUCCCAUGGUGCGGUGCUGAUGAAGCAUGUAUGAAGUAUGGGAAGGAUGGAAGGCCGCUCUGUCUAAGCUGUUCUGCACUGCUCAACAUUUCUCUCCGACAACUGUCAACAUGCAUAUAUAUAUACCAUACGCAUUUGUAUAUAUACCAACAUUCAUAUAUAUAUAUAUAUAUAUAUAUAUAUAUAGACACCAUGCCAGGCAUCCCCAAGGGAAGAAGAAGAUAAAAUGGGCCGAAGCAGGACCUUGGUCCUUUUGGAGCCUCCAGCUCCAUGCUGUUGGGCCAUGUUUAUCCUCAGGAAGAGAGUCUGCUUCAUCUUGGCAAAGAUGGCCAGGGAUGUCACCUGGCUGGUUUCUGUGGGUUGUUAAGGGAGACACCCUCAUGAAUAGUCACCAACAGUUGGGCUGACUCUAAGUAGGUCAUUGCUGGUUCUUUGUACAAAAGGAAUCCAACUGCUAGCAUCGUCCACCUGUCCAUAUUUAAAUGGAUUACACAGUUAGCUCAGCUUGGGCUUGAAUGCAACUUGGCCGUGAGCCAAGGGAAAACAUAGAGCUUUUGAACCAGAAAGGUGCUCAUUGUAAGUGAAGGAGCUAGGAGCCUGGCGUGAUGGACCAUAGCUAAUCCAGGCUUGAGCCAGAGCUGGACACCCGAGUCUGCAGACCUCCAGCUCUGAACUUUCACCGCAAGACACAGAACCACUGAGGGACUCUGUCUACUCUGAAGAUGUAAGAUUAACCCUCACCAACAAUAUGUUUUUUUGAAACCAGUGAUGAGGAAGAGAGACUAUCAUAUUUCAAGUACAGAGCUGCUCAUUUUCUUAACCUUGUAGGUAAACAAAUUCGAUGUUCAAACAAAGGGCCAUGGAUAGGUGAGCAGUACAAUAGGUAGAAGCCCCUUUGCAGGGGCUGGGAAGCUCCUUUGCAAAGCAAGCACUCAGGUUGCUGCAUCAGAAGAAAAUGAAUGGCUAAAGGAAAAGGGGACAGUGAAUAGCCCCUAAUUAUCCUACCAAGAAGCCAGUGUUAAAUGAUGUUACAUUACAAAAGGGAAAGUGAGACACACUUUGUGAAUGAGUAGGGUCUCUAUCUUUUGUACUGUAAAAACUUUCUCUAAGUAAGGAAGCUUGAAAAAGCAAAAAAUACAAUUUAAAAAAAACCAAUAAGAAGGUAGAAGGAUACACCAACUUGCAGAGUAAGUCGUCUUUCAAGUGGCAUUGCUUAGCUUGCGACAACAGUCACAUUUUUCUCAAAUGAAGUCAGAAAGGAUUUUAAUUUGACAUCUCCCUAGUUUUUUCUGUCGAGUCUCUUCCAGGGAAGGGAGUGGGGCAGGCACAGUCCUGGUUUUCAGAAUGCAGAGAUCUCUCAGUACAGAGAAAUGGGACUUACCCAGAGUCAAUAAGUUGAAGUGAGGAUGGAAACUCAUGAAGUCAAAUCGUUACAGGAUUAGAAAUAUAGGAAAACUUUAGAAAAGACUGCAUCCAAUGGCCCCAUUUUAUAGAUGGAACUCUGGGCAUGAAUAAGAGAGAGAGAUUGGUAUUUCAUCUGUACUGUGCAUUAAGCACGAAACAGUCCCGUCUUGGAUGAAAGCAUGCUCCACUCAGAUGUAGAACACUUCCUGGGAUGGGGCGGCAGUAAAGACUUUCUUUAUUACGAUUAUUAUGAACAAAGAAAGGGCCCAUUAUUGCUAAGAGAAACUCCAGAAGUUUGUGGAAAUCCCUCGAAGAAGCUGUGCCCUCUCUCCUGCAGCCCACAAACCCUCCUGUCCCCUCCUGGAAGAUGAUUCUGAAUGGCACGUUUUGGUUGACGGUGGAAGACCCCGAGUGGAGACAUACUCUGUGUCCUACUCACACCUCACAGAGGAAAUGACCCGGUCAGGUGGCUCAGGGAGAAAUUGGUGCUACCAGUGUCUAAGGCAGAUUCGUGGUUAGACACGUGUAAGACAUGAUGGUUCUUGGGAACGUUAUUGAAGUUCCUUAGAUUUUUAUUUUCUCACCCAUAUAUUGAAAAAAUGGAGUCUACCUCAUAGGAUUGUUGUAAAGAUUAAAUGACUACAUGUAGAUAAAAAUACCUAGUAGAGUAUUUGGCCAUUGAAAUGCUAGCUGUUUUUGUUCAAGUAUCUGUGAAUUCACUUGCAAACACAGGGCCAUGGCCUUGUGUGUGAGUUUAGAGAUUGAUGCACUCAUGGAAGUUAGUUCAUGGAGUUCUAAAUAAAAGAAAUUAAGCAUUUGAUUCAGUCCAUCCAGCAUUGGGGAGAUCAGCCAGCAAAAUCUGCAGAGCUAACCAUCGGACAGUUCUUUGUUCCAGUGUUACCAUGUUGUAAUACAGACUCUCCUCCUGGGAAAGACUCCGUAGUUCUGUUUAGGGCACAUUGCGUCUGAGCUCUGCUUCACUCUUUGCUUUCUCUCCGAAGUCUUCCCUGAUGAGUCCAUCCAGAAGUGCUGAUGGUCCCCACCUGAUUCCUGUAAUACUUAUAAUCUGUGCUGCUCACUUUAUAUUUAGUAUUUAUUGUGUUUUAUUGUUUGUUCGCUUUCUGUCUUUUGGUGUGCAUAUGUUUUCUUUCUCAGAUAAGACUGUAAACCUUUGGGGAUUGUGUUACUCAGUUGAUUUACUCACUCUCUUACUCCCUUUUGUAUGCCCAAAGUGCAGAGCAGGUGUGUUGCCAUAGAACGUGUUCAAUAAAGACCUCUGAUUACACAA